AUGAUGAUGAUGCAUAGAGGAGAUAAUGGUAUGCGAUAUGGAAAAAUAACAUCCUUUACAUCAUUUCAAGGUGCAACAACAGCGAUGAUGGUUGGAAGAAACAACUAUAAUAUCACUUUUCAGCAUAUUCUUCAAACUGUAUUUCAACAACCGAGGAUCAUGGCACCGCCCUUGUUGGAGUUAAGUCGACGAAUGCAAUGUCACAUCUCAACAACACCAGAACAACAAAAGGUACAACAGCACAAAAAGGUCAUUCCAUGGGAUCCAUCAUCAAUAAGGAACAACAAGGGCUUGUCUUCAACAAACAGUUUUUCUCUCUUUUUUUUCUUGCUUCCCUUUCAAUUGGGGUUCCUGGAUAUUCUUUGCUACAAGUACAAUGCUGGUCAUUUGUCCCUAGUGAUGAUGAACAUGGAUCCUUUAUUGAUGAUGGACCGAUGUAUCAUUAUCACCGUGACUGAUCUUAUGAGGAUACCAGCUCUACAUAUAGAUGAACGACUCAUAUUCAACCCAUCUGGAUAUCUUUCUUGGAUGGAUCAAGAUACAACACACUAUCCAUCAUCAUUUCUACCCUUCCAAUGGCCACACUUUGAAGAGGAGCAAGAUGAUGAUUCAUCUAUUUCUUCAUCAUCGUCCUUACCAUCACCUCCACUGACACCUUCCUUACGAAACACAACCAAUGAUGAUGAUGAUAGCAUUGAUAGUAUAGAUACAAACCAUGCUCCUUUACUAGCCCUUAUCCAAGAAACAUUAAAUUACAUUCAUUCCUUCCCUUCUGACCAUCCUUAUUCAACUGAGCUAAAAUCUCUUGUCCCCAAAAUGGACGAGCGCUUAAAUCAAUCAAUCAUCUAUGACUAA